AUGAAAGAUCGCUCAUUUCCUUAUAUCGAUCCAAGUUAUUCUGCUUUGAGCCUGGUUAAACCAGCCAACCAAUUUUCAUUUUUGGAUUCAGGAGAAGUAUAUUCUAAAAAAGUAUUUGUUGGAGGAUUGCCUCCAGAUAUUGAUGAAGAAGAAAUACUGGCAUCGUUUCAUAAAUUUGGAUCUGUACUGGUUGAUUGGCCUCAUAAAGCUGAAAGUAAAUCAUACUUUCCACCCAAAGGUUAUUGCUUUCUUUUAUUUGAAGAUGAAAAAUCAGUUCAAGCUCUGGUUCAAGUUUGUGCUGUGGAAGGCUCAAAGAUAUAUUGGCAUGUCUCCAGCCCGACCAUGAAGGAUAAAGCAGUUCAGAUACGUCCUUGGAAACUAUCUGAUUGUGAUUUUGUGGUUGAUGGCGCUCAGCCAUUGGAUCCCCGAAAGACUGUUUUUGUUGGUGGCGUUCCAAGGCCAAUGAGAGCAGUUGAAUUGGCGAUGGUGAUGUCCCGGAUGUAUGGACCGGUGUGCUACGCUGGUAUUGACACCGACCCGGAUCUCAAAUAUCCGAAAGGAGCUGGCAGAGUUACUUUUUCCAACCAGCAGAGUUUUCUAUCAGCAAUCAAUUCUCGGUUCGUACAGUUACAGCACGGAGAUAUCGAUAAAAGGGUUGAAGUGAAACCAUAUGUUUUGGAGGAUCAGAUUUGCGAUGAAUGUCAGGGGAUUCGCAGUGGAGGGAAACACGCUCCAUAUUUUUGCGCUAACGUUGUUUGCUUGCAAUAUUAUUGUGAUCAGUGCUGGGCCAUUGUUCACUCAACACCUGGCCGCGAGUUCCACAAGCCACUUGUAAAGGAUGGAGCCGAUAGACCAAGAACAAUGCCCUUUCGUAUGUGCUAA